AUGUCGGUGCAAGCCCUGUUGGCUCUUAUGCCUUUUUGGAAUGUGGAAAUCAAGAAGAAGUUCACAACUAAGCCAGCAGAAACUAUCGAAAAAGCAUCUCUUAUUCGUUUGAUCCCUGUGCCAAACAGUGGUGCCCCUGAAAUUUGUAAGAUUCAGAAGAUCGACACAGCUGACCAUCAAGAGGUCUCGUUUCUAUUCCAAAAGAGACGUUACAUUUAUGAUGAUAAAACCAAAUCUUUCAGUCCUCCAAAGUUCGCAAUCGACGAAUCUGAUAUCAAGCUUGGUUCAUUUCAAACUACAAAGGGUAUUUCGGGUGGCAAAGCUAAAAUUGAUGACUUGAUUAGAAAAUAUGGCCCCAAUAAGUUUGACAUCCCUGUCCCUACAUUUAGCGAACUUUGGCUUGAACAUGCUGUGGCCCCUUUUUUUGUUUUCCAAAUGUUUUGUGUAGCUUUGUGGUUCAUGGACGAACUUUGGUACUAUUCUCUCUUCAGUUUGUUUAUGUUGGUUGCUUUUGAAUCAACUGUUGUUUUUCAACGCCAGAAGACGAUGGCUGAGUUCCGUGGUAUGGGCAUUCAACCAUACGACAUUCACGUCUAUAGAGAUAACAAAUGGGUUGAAAUUCAAACCGAUGGAUUGUUGCCUGGUGAUCUAGUUUCUGUUACUCGUACCAAAGAAGAUUCUGGUUUACCAUGUGAUUUGAUUCUCAUAAACGGAUCCGCCAUUGUUAACGAAGCAAUGCUCUCCGGUGAAUCAACUCCUCUUUUAAAAGAAUCUAUCCAACUACGUCCUUCUGAAGAAAAGCUUGAUACUGAUUCCCUUGAUAAAAAUUCUCUUCUUUUCGGUGGUACCAAAGUUCUUCAGACUACUGAGGUUUUGAACAGUCAUGUUCCGUUACCGCCAGAUGGUGGCGCCCUUGCUGUUGUUACUCGCACUGGUUUUGAAACUUCGCAAGGAAGCCUUGUUAGAGUUAUGAUUUUCUCUACAGAACGUGUUGGUGCUGGUAAUAAGGAGGCUUAUUUCUUUAUUCUCUUUCUUCUUGUAUUCGCUAUUGCUGCCAGUUGGUAUGUCUGGACUGAAGGUGUAAAGGUUGAUCGUAAACGUUCUAAGCUUUUGUUGGACUGUGUUCUUAUUAUAACUUCUGUUGUUCCUCCUGAGUUGCCCAUGGAACUUACCAUGGCUGUCAACGCCUCUUUGGCUGCUCUUGGUAAGUUCUAUAUUUACUGUACCGAGCCUUUCCGUAUUCCCUUUGCUGGUCGUGUUGAUGUUUGUUGUUUUGAUAAGACUGGUACCUUGACCAAUGAAGACUUAGUUGUCGAAGGUAUUGCUGGGUUGGUUCCUGGUGAUAUUCGUGGUUUGACCGAGAUUAGCAAUAUCCCUCAACAAAGUGCUCUUGUUCUUGCUUCUGCUCAUGCCCUUGUUCUCCUUGAUGACGGUGAAGUUGUAGGUGACCCAAUGGAAAAGACUACGUUGAACGGAAUUGGCUGGAUAGUUGAGAAGAAAGAUCGCGUUCGAUCCAAGACCAACCCGUCUGAUAAACUACACAUUCUUCGUCGUUUCCAAUUCUCAUCUGCUUUGAAGCGUUCUUCUAGUAUUGCCAACGUAGAUGGUAAAACCUUGGUCGCUGUUAAAGGUGCCCCUGAGACUCUUCGUAAAAUGAUCACUAAGUUACCGGAAGACUACGAAGAGACAUAUAAAUCCUUUACCAGGACUGGUAGUCGUGUUCUUGCCUUCGCUUAUAAAUACCUUGAACCUAACAUGUCGGAGUCUAAAGUCACAGCCCUCGUUCGUGAGAAUGUUGAAAGCGAUCUUAUUUUUGCUGGUUUCCUCGUUUUCCACUGUCCUUUGAAGGAGGAUGCUGUUAAAACUGUCAAGAUGCUGAACGAGUCUAGUCACCGUGUUGUAAUGAUCACUGGUGAUAACCCGCUCACAGCUGUGCACGUCGCAAAUGAAGUUGCUAUUGUUGAACGAGAGGUUUUGAUUCUUGAUGCUCCUGAAGAAGCUCACGGAUUACACAAUGAACUGGUAUGGAGAUCUGUGGAUGAGAAAACAAUUAUUCCUGUUAAGCCUAGUGAACCGUUGGAUAUUGGAAUUUUCGAAAACUACGAUCUGUGUGUUACAGGAUAUGCUCUAGCUAAACUGACUGAUCAUGAACACAUUGUUGACUUGAUCCGCCAUACUUGGGUGUAUGCUCGUGUAUCUCCUAGCCAAAAGGAGUUCAUUCUUACUACGUUGAAGGAAGCUGGUUAUACAACCUUGAUGUGCGGUGAUGGUACAAAUGAUGUGGGUGCUCUUAAACAAGCUCAUGUUGGUGUCGCUUUACUAAAUGGUACUGAGGAAGGAAUGAAGAAAAUUGCUGAAAAUAACAAAAUCAACGCUCUUCAAAAGAUCUACGAGAAGCAAGCCGAUUUGAUGAGAAAGUGGAACCAGCCACCUCCACCUAUCCCUCAGGCCAUUGCACAUCUGUAUCCUCCUGGACCCAAAAAUCCACAUUAUGUGAAAGCUAUUCAGGCUCGAGGUGGCGUUGUUGAUGAAAAAUUGCUGGCUGAGAUAGAACAGGCCCAAAAGAGAGAGCUCGCUGCAAACAAAUCGGCUGCUCUUGCUGAUAAGAUCACUGCUAUGAUGGAGGAAGAUGACGAAAAUGACCCACCUGCUCUCAAGCUGGGUGAUGCUUCAGUUGCCGCUCCUUUCACCUCUAAACUGGGCAAUGUUUCUGCUAUCACACAUAUUAUUCGUCAAGGUAGAUGUACUUUGGUUGCCACAAUUCAAAUGUAUAAAAUCCUUGCCCUUAACUGUCUUAUUUCUGCUUAUUCUCUUAGUGUCUUAUAUCUCGCUGGUAUUAAAAUUGGUGAUGGUCAAGCCACUAUUUCUGGUAUUCUUCUCUCGGUUUGUUUUCUUUCAAUUUCGCGGGCCAAGGCUAUCGAUGAAUUAUCGAAGCAACGUCCACAACCUGGUAUUUUCAAUUUUUACAUUAUGGGAUCCAUUCUUGGUCAAUUUGCAAUUCAUAUCGCAACACUAAUUUAUAUCACGAACACUGUUUAUAAAUUGGAACCUCGUGAUUCGAAUAUUGACCUUGAGGCAGAAUUCAAACCUUCACUCCUUAAUACUGCUAUAUAUCUUCUCCAACUUGCCCAGCAAAUUUCGACUUUCGCAGUUAAUUACCAAGGUCGCCCAUUCCGUGAUAGCAUUAGUGAGAACCGUGGUAUGUACUGGGGUCUGUUGGGUGUUGGUGCUCUAGCUCUUUCAGGUGCUACUGAAUUUAUUCCUGAGAUGAAUGAGGGUCUUAAACUUGUUCCUAUGUCCAGUGUUUUCAAGUUUCAGCUUUCGACUACAAUGCUGCUUGAUCUUGGAGGAAGUUGGUUAAUUGAAAUCGUCUUAAAGCACUUCUUUAUGGACUCUAAACCAGCUGAUAUUGCUCUCAGAUAUCACGAGAGACCCGGAACCUUGAUCCAAAAGAAGAAUCAAUAA